CGCCGGAGUCGGACGCGCGGCCGGGCGAGGGGCUGCCGCCGGGGAGCGGGCGCGGCCGGAGGGUCCCUGCGUCGGGAGGCCCGCGAGGCACUUGUGCGCUGCGAGCGAGCGAGGGAGGAAGGCCGGCGGGCGGAGGCGCCUGCCGGGCUGCGCGGAGGUGAGCGCGAAGCAGGCCGAGCUGUUUGGGAGAUGGACCUGCCUCUAGAGGACUCUCCUGCCCUACGCCAUGCAGAGCUUGUGCAGCCACCUGUUGCAGCUCCGCACAUGUGCGAGCUGCGCACUGCUGUGUCUUGCUUUGCUGAGGAGACCGUCUCUCUGCUCUCUGCCAAUGGCCUGCUGAGCCAUUCGCUGCUCAGAACGUCAGGCAGCACGGGGGCGCAGCAGAAAGAGCCAGGAGCUCCCUCAACUACGGCCCGGCGCAAGCGAGAGUUCACCCCAGAUGAGAAGAAGGACGACGGCUACUGGGACAAGAGGAAGAAGAACAACGAAGCGGCCAAGCGUUCGCGGGAGAAGCGGCGUGUCAGCGACCUGGCCCUGGAGGGGCGAGUGCUUGCCCUCUUGGAGGAGAAUGCCCGCCUCAAGGCGGAGCUGCUGGCCCUCAAAUUUCGCUUUGGCUUGAUUCGGGAUCCAGUGGAGCCUUCUGGGCCUGUGGUUCCUGUUGCUGCUGAGCCCCACCGGCCAGUGACCACGCCCCAGCACUACCCAGCGGAUCAUGAGACUCAACGAUACGCCUGCCCCUUCCGGCCAGAACCUGCCGCCAGCUCUGAGGAUUCUGGGUUCUCCACACCAGGAAGUUCUAGCAUGGGGAGCCCAGUAUUCUUUGAGGAGCGUGACCGGGCCGAGGAAGGCAUUAUUUAUGACAGCCACUGUGUGAUUCCUGACCCCUCGGAUGAUGGGGCAGAUUUGGGCCGAAUGAGCCGCUACGACUCCGGGGAGAGCAUCAAAGGUCUUCCCCACAAGCUGCGUUUCAAAAUGGCGGGAGGGUCAGAGGACAUGGCCGGGGAGCCGCCUGGACAUUACCCCCCAUCUCCACCAGUGGGAACCUGGAGGGGCCCUGCCGUCCGUGAGGAGCCGAGAAAUGUAGGCCCCACACCUCCGGGCACCGCGGCAUUUGAUGGCUGCUGUGAAACGGAGGCCUCACCUGCCCAGCUACCUUCCCUCCAGGGCUCUGGGUACCAGAUGGAAAACAGCAGCUUGCGGAACCAACUGGCCUCCCUUUCAGCGGAAGUGGCCCAACUGAAAAAGCUCUUCUCAGAACAGAUCUUGAUUAAGAUGAACUGAGGGAGGGGCAAUAGCAGGGCCAGCCUCAGCGGGGUCUACCCUCCCCAUCCCCCAUACCAAAGCCCAUUGUAUGUAUAUUUGUACUGAAUUUAGCCUUGCAGGGUCUGUUUAUUCCCCCUGUCUAUUUACUUUAAUAAAACUCCCUCCUUGGAA